AUGUUCUGGGUGCGAAAUCCUGGUGAUAGUUCUAAGGGAAGUUGUUCAGGCAAGCAUAAGAAGAGGUGUAUUUACUAUAACACGAGCGUGCUAUGCUCUCUUGGUGUUUCAUCCUUGAACCUAGUGUUGAGCUUAUACAGCUAUUUCAAUUGGUCCUGGAAUGGGAAGUCUGACGAUGAUGAUGCGGUGAUGACCCUUUUCGAUUUAGCCCUCAGAACUUGCUCCUGGGGCGGGCUUAGCGCUUUUCUGCACACCCAAGUGUCAGAUUCAGCCGAAGCGAAGUUUCCUCUUCCCUUGAUGAUAUGGUGGGGGCUUUAUCUCUCAAGCUCCUGUUAUUGCCUUGUUGUUGAUAUUGUGCUCUACAGUCAACUCCAUGCAUCUUCCCAGAUUCUGCAUUUGGUUUCUGAUGCAGUCUCUGUGUUGGUUGCUCUGUUUCUCUGUUAUGUGGCGCUUUUCAGAUAUAGAAGUGACAAUGAUACUAGUAUUGAUAACAAUACACUUCUGGAAGAGCCCCUCUUGGAUCAUGAUGAGUCAAGUUCUGGAAGAGCUUCAAAUGGAUCAUGUUUCGCUCGCCAUUCAUAUGCUGUUGUUUGGAGCAUUUUUUCUUUCUCUUGGAUCAAUUCUCUGAUUGCUCUCGGGUAUAAGAAAGCAUUAGUGGUUGAGGAUGUUCCUCACCUUCGUAAAGGUGACAGUGUUUUCGGGGUGUUCCCAUCACUUAAGGAGAGGAUUGUUGAAUCUGAUCUGGAAACUAUUACAGCUUUCAAGCUUGCCAAGGCAUUGUUCCUCGCAGCUUGGAUCGAGAUUCUGUUCAUAGCUUUUCUGGCCUUGUUGAGCACGGUAGCGAGUCAUGUUAGUAUCUCUGUCCUGGCCUUUUUCUUUGAAUCUUUUGAUGAGAGAGGGAAAUACAAGCAGUAUUACUUCGCCUCAACGUUUCUGGUUGCAAAGGUCGUGGAGUGCUUGUUACAAAGCCAAGUGCAGUUUAUGCUGCAACGUAUUAAUAUCAGGACGCGUGCAUUGAUGGUCACGAUGAUCUACAACAAGGGCUUGACCCUCUCGUGUUGGUCGAAGAGUGCCCUAACUAGCGGGGAAAUCAUCAAUAUGGUGACAGUGGAUGCAGAGAGAAUUAUCGACUUGAUGGGGUGCUUGCAUAGCCUGUGGAAAAGGUGUGAGUCGAAACAUGCAAGAAUGAAAGCAACAUCUGAGACGUUGAGGAACAUGAGAGUUCUGAAGCUGCAUGCUUGGGAAAUGAAGUUUCUAAACAAGAUCAUCGGCCUGCGGAAGGUAGAGACUGAAUGGUUAAAAAAAUGUGCUUUUGCUUCUGCUUCGAUUAGUUUUUACUUAUUGACUGCCCCGACUUUUGUUGCUGUGGCUACGUUCACUUUGUAUAUGCAUUAUUACGGUAUCCCACUAGAUUCAGGGGAGAUGUUAACAAUACUUGCAGUGUUCGAGAAGCUUCAAGCUCCCAUCUAUGAGAUCCCAAACGCCAUUUCCAUGUUGUUUCGGGUGAAGGGUUCGUUUGAUCGAAUCGUAAGCUUCCUCGGUCUUGGAGACUUGCCGGAUGAUGUUGUGAAGAGGCUCCCAAGAGAGGCUUCUGAUACUGCGAUCGAGAUCGUUGAAGGGAGUUUCUCUUGGGAUUCAUCUUCACCAAACCCCCCGAUGUUGAGAGAUGUGAAUCUGAAGGUGGACCGUGGCAUGAAGGUUGCUGUUUGUGGUACUGUUGGUUCUGGAAAAUCAAGUUUGCUGUCCUGCAUUCUGGGAGAGGUGCCCAAGAUCUCUGGCUCCGUUGUUCUCUGUAGGACAAAGGCUUAUGUUGCUCAGUCACCUUGGAUACAGAGUGGCAAGAUUCAGGACAACAUUUUGUUUGGACAAGAGAUGGGCAAAGACGAGUACGACCGAGUACUGGAAGAUUGUGCACUGAAGAAAGACCUGGAGAUGUUGUCUUUUGGUGAUCAAACAGAGAUUGGUGAGAGAGGUGUCAAUUUGAGUGAAGGACAAAAGCAGAGGAUUCAGAUUGCUCGUCCGCUCUACCAAGAUGCUGACGUCUACCUGUUUGAUGAUCCUUUCAGUGCUGAGGAUGCCCAUACUGGAUCUCAUUUGUUUAAGGAAGUUUUGCUUGGUCAUUUGAGCUCCAAAACUGUGGUUUGCGUCACUCAUCAAGUUGAAUUCUUACCUGCGAUGGAUUUAAUUUUGGUCAUGAAAGAUGGAAGGAUAACUCAGAGUGGAAAGUACAGUGACAUUUGCCAGAGUUCAAGGCCUGGUUUCGGGGAACUUUUUGGCGCACAUAAGGCGGGUUUGUCAUCGAACGACCCAAAAGCUCUUGAAAGUGUGGUGAGAAGUAUGAGUAAGGAAAUUGGCGAGACGAGCAGCGGCAACCAGACUGAGCACAAGGAUGGAAACAAGGUUUUGCAGAAUGGUGGGGGCGGGAUAACAGAUCUGGGUCGUCAGCUUGUUCAAGAAGAAGAGAGGGAGAAAGGAGGAGUCGGAUACCAUGUCUACUGGACGUAUCUCAGCACAGCGAGUGGAGCUGUUGUAAUAGUUGCAGAGAUAGUCUUCCACCUGCUCCAGUACGGCAACAAGAAGUUGCUGGUUUGGGCAACUGGAUCAGUUUUCCAGCAGGACAACCCUCCGUUCGGUGCCUUCAAGCUGAUAGUUGUGUUCCUGUUGUUGAAUAUCUUUGGCUUUGCUUGCGUGGCAGCCAGAUCCAUUGUUCUUGCCGUUAAAGCGUAUGACACUGCGACUCUGCUCUUCAACAAGAUGCACCUAUGUAUUUUCUGUGCUCCCAUGUCCUUUUUGGACUCGAACCCUACUGGGAGAAUUCUUGGCCGUGCGUCUACGGAUCAAAGUGAAGUGGAUCAGAAAAUUCUAGGAAAUGUUCAAUCAGCCACCUCUUCUAUAAUCGGGCUUCUGGUAGGCAUUGCAGCAGUGUCUCAGGUUGCGUGGCAAGUUCUUUUAGCAUUUAUUCCUUAUAUUGCCAUCAUCUUCUGCUAUCAGAUCCAUGUGAGUAAAUCCUCUGCUAUCAUCUUCAUUUCCGCCAUUACUAUUCAUACUUCCAGUGAUGUGGAGAACAACAUUGUAGCAGCGGAGCGAAUUCUUCAGUACACUUCUAUUCCCAGUGAGAAUUCUCUUGUAGAUGCAGUAGAACAGAUUCGACCAGGUCCUUCUUGGCCAUCACGAGGACAAGUUGACAUUAGUAGCCUGCAGGUUCGAUAUGCCCCACAUUUGCCACUUGUGUUGAGAGGUCUGACCUGCACAUUUGAAGGAGGAAAGAAAACAGGAAUCGUGGGCAGAACGGGCAGUGGUAAAUCAACCCUUACACAGACACUUUUCAGGAUCGUGGAACCAACAGCAGGGCGGAUUACGAUUGAUGGUGUCAAUAUCUCAUCAAUCGCACUCCAUGAUUUGCGAUCAAGGCUCAGCAUUAUACCUCAAGAUCCAACCAUGUUUGAAGGGACUGUAAGAAGGAACCUGGACCCUCUUGAGGAAUACCGUGAUGAACAGAUUUGGGAGGCUCUGGAUAAGUGCCACCUUGGAGAUGAAGUUAGGAAGAAGGAGAAAAAGCUGGAUUCUGCCGUGACUGAGAAUGGAGAGAACUGGAGUAUGGGGCAGAGACAGCUAGUAUGUCUUGGCCGUGUUCUGCUGAAAAAGAGCAAAGUGUUGGUUCUGGAUGAAGCUACUUCCUCAGUAGAUACAGCCACUGAUAAUCUGAUUCAGCAAACACUUAGACAACACUUCUUCGAUUGCACAGUUAUCACCAUCGCCCAUCGAAUAACAUCUGUUCUUGAUAGCAACAUGGUUCUUCUUCUCAGUCACGGCUUGAUUGAAGAAUAUGAUACACCAGCAAGAUUGUUGGAGAACAAGUCGUCCUCGUUUGCUCAACUUGUAGCGGAGUACAGUGAGAGUCAACUCCAUGCCCCUUCCCAGAUUCUGCAUUUGGUUUCUGAUGCAGUCUCUGUGUUGGCCGGUCUGUUUCUCUGUUCUGCGGAGUUCUGGAGACAUAGAAUCAGUCACAAUGACAGUGAUAUUGAUGACAGUACACUUCUAGAAGAGCCUUUUCUGGAUCAUGAUGAGUCGAGUUUGGAGCCGAAAAAGUCAACAGGGGAUGACAUUGUCACUCCCUAUUCAUGUACUGGUGUUUGGGGCCUUAUUUCUUUCUCUUGGAUCGGUUCUCUGGUUGCUUUUGGGUAUAAGAAAGCAUUAGAGGUUGAGGAUGUUCCUCAGCUUAAUAAAGAUGACAGUGUCUUUGGGGCAUUCCCGUCUCUUAAGGAGAGGAUUGUUGAAUCUGAUAAGGGCAUUAUUACAACUUUCAAGCUUGUUCUUGGUUAUAAGAAAGCAUUAGAAGUUCAGGAUGUUCCUCAGCUUAAUAGAGAUGACAGUGUCUUCGGAGCAUCCCCAUCUCUUAAGGAGAGCACUAUUACAGCUUCCAAGCUUGCCGAGGCAUUGUUCUUCUCAGUUUGGAAAGAAAUUCUGAUGAUAAUUUGCCUGACCAUUUUGAGCACAGCAACAUAUCUUGUUUCAACUAUCAUGAUUAUUUCCCUUGUACCUGUGGACGAGGAAGGGAGAUUCACGCAUCAAGGGUAUAUCUUCUUCCCCAUACUGUUUCUGGUUUCAAAUGCUGUCGACUGCUUGUCACAAAGCCAAGUGCGAUUUCGGUUGCAAUGCAUUGGUAUUAGGACGCGUGCAUCGCUGGUUACAAUGAUCUACAACAAGGGCUUGACCCUCUCGUAUCAGUCUAAGCUUGCCCAAAGUAGCGGGGAAAUCAUCAAUGUUGUGACAGUGGACGCCGAGAGAAUCAGUGACUUGAUUGGGUACUUGUAUCACCUGUGCUUUGGUAUCUUGAAUAUUUUUUCAGCCUUGUCCAUGCUAGGCACUAUGUUGGGUUUUGCAUCUAUAGUAGUUUUCGCUGCAAUUGUGGUCAUAAUAUGGAUAGGUUUCUCCUUGCUAAGAUGGCAGAAGACUUAUCAGGAAAGGGUGAGGGAAUCGAAAAAGGAAAGAAUGAAAGCAACAUCUGAGACGUUAAGGAACAUGAGAGUUCUGAAGCUGCAGGCUUGGGAAAUGAAGUUUCUGGACAAGAUCAUUGGCCUGCGGAAGGCAGAGACUGGAUCGUUGAGAAUGUGUGCUUUCUCCUCUGCUUUCAUUAGUUUUUACUACUCGGCUGCCUCGACUUUUGUUGCUGUGGUUACUUUCGCUUUUUUCGACAUGCCAAUAGAUUCUGGGCAGAUGUUAGCAGCACUAAAUUCUUUUUCGAGACUUCAAGUACCCAUCUAUGAGCUCCCAAAAUCCAUUUCCAUGUUGUAUGAAGUGAAGGUUUCAUUUGGUCGAAUUGUAGGCUACCUUAGACUCCACGACUUGCCGAAUGAUGCUGUGAAGAGGCUUCAAGGAGGGUCUUCUGAUAUUGCUAUUGAGAUCGUUGAAGGGAGUUUCUCUUGGGAUUCAUCUUCACCAAACCCCCCAACGUUGAGAGAUGUAAACCUGAAGGUGUGCCGUGGGAUGAAGGUUGCUGUUUGCGGUGCUGUUGGUUCAGGCAAAUCUAGUUUGCUCUCCUGCAUUCUGGGAGAGGUGCCAAAGAUGUCCGGCUUGGUCGAGCUAUGUGGGACAAAGGCUUAUGUUGAUCAGUCACCUUGGAUCCAGAGUGGUAAGAUUAAGGACAACAUUUUGUUUGGCCAAGAGAUGGACAAAGACAAGUACGACCGAGUACUGGAAGCUUGUGCACUGAAGAAGGACCUCAAGAUCUUUUCAUUUGGUGAUCAAACAGAGAUUGGUGAGAGAGGUGUCAAUUUGAGUGAAGGACAAAAGCAGAGGAUUCAGAUUGCUCGUGCCCUCUACCAAGAUGCAGACAUCUACCUGUUGGAUGAUCCUUUCAGUGCUGAGGAUGCUCAUACUGGAUCGCAUUUGCUUAAGGAAGUUUUGCUUGGUCAUUUGAGCUCCAAAACUGUGGUUUACGUCACUCAUCAAGUUGAAUUCUUAUCCGCCGCAGAUCUAAUUUUGAUCAUGAAAGAUGGAAGGAUAACUCAGAGUGGAAAGUACAGUGAGAUUUGCCAGAGUUCAGGGACUGAUUUCGGGGAAAUUUUUGGUGCACACAAGGUGGCUUUGUCAGCGAUUGACUCGAAACAUUUAGAAACUGCGGUGCGAAGCACGAGUAAGGAAAUUGGCGAGACGAGCAACAGCAACCAGGCUGAGCACAGGAAUGGUGGUGGGAUAACAGAUCAGGGUCAGCUUGUUAAAAAAGAAGAGAGGGGAGUAGGAAGGGUUUGGUUCUCUCUCUACUGGAAGUAUCUCAGCACGGCGUCUGCUGGUGCUAUUGCAGUAGCUGCAGAGUUGGUUUUCCAGCUGCUCCAGUAUGGCAACAAGAAGUUGUUAGCUUGGGCAAGUGGAGUAUCAUCAGAACAGGAAGAGCCUAUUUACCGUGUGCUCAAGCUGUUCACUGUGUACGUGGUUUUGACUAUCGCGGGCCUCGCAUGCCAGGUAGCCAGAACCACCGUUCUUGCAGUUACAGCGUAUGAAACUGCGACUCGGCUCUUCAACAAGAUGCACCUGUGUAUUUUCAGUGCUCCCAUGGCGUUUCUGGACUCCACCCCUACUGGGAGAAUUAUAGGCCGUGCGUCUACGGAUCAAAGUGACGUUGAUCAGAAAAUUCUAGGCCAAAUUCACACAGCUGCCUCUUCGAUAAUCCAACUUCUGAUAACCAUUGCAGUUAUGUCUCAGGUUGCGUGGCAAGUUUAUUUAGUAAUGAUUCCUUAUAUUGCUAUCGGCUUCUGCUGUCAGCAAUACUACAUAUCAGCAGCACGGCAGCUUUCGCGGCUGGUAGGAGUGUGCAGGGCUCCAGUUAUCCAACAUUUGUCUGAUACAGUUUCUGGAAGGAUAACCAUAAGGAGCUUUGAUCAACAACCAAGAUUCAAAGAGACAGCUAUGAGAGUCACAGAUGUAUAUUCCCGCUGCAAGUUUCAUAACGCUGCCACAACAGAGUGGCUCCGUGUUCGCCUUGAUCUUUUAUCUUCUAUCAUAUGUGCGGUGUCUUCGCUUUUCAUCAUCUACUCGUCCCCUAAAACAGAUCCAUCUGUCACUGUCAUAGCCUUGACAUAUGCAACCAACAUAUACUUCCUUCAAGCAUGGUUGUGGGACAUAAGUGAUGUUGAGAACAGAAUUGUAUCAGUGGAGCGAAUUCUUCAGUACACUUCUAUUCCCAGGGAGAAUUCUCCGGAAGUAGAAGCGAAUCAACCAGAUCCUUCUUGGCCAUCACAAGGACAAGUUGAUAUUAGUAGCCUGCAGGUUCGAUAUGCCGAAAGUUUGCCACUUGUGCUGAGGGGCCUUACCUGCACAUUUGAAGGAGGAAAGAAAACAGGAAUUGUUGGCAGAACGGGCUGUGGUAAAUCAACCCUUAUACAGACACUUUUCAGGAUCGUGGACCCAACAGUCGGGCAGAUUAUGAUCGAUGGCGUCGACAUCUCAACAAUUGGAAGCCGUUAUUUGCGUUCAAGGCUCAGCAUCAUACCUCAAGAUCCAACCAUGUUUGAAGGGACUGUAAGAAGCAACCUGGACCCUCUUGGGCAAUACCCUGAUGAACAGAUUUGGGAGGCUCUGGAUAAGUGCCAACUUGGAGAUGAAGUUAGGAAGAAGGAGAAAAAGCUGGAUUCUGCCGUGACUGAGAAUGGAGAGAACUGGAGUAUGGGGCAGAGACAGCUAGUCUGUCUUGGCCGUGUUCUGUUGAAAAAGAGCAAAGUGUUGGUUCUCGAUGAAGCUACUGCCUCAGUAGAUACAGCCACUGAUAAUCUGAUUCAGCAAACACUUAGACAACACUUCUUCGAAUGCACAGUUAUCACCAUAGCCCAUCGAAUAACAUCUGUUCUUGAUAGCGACAUGGUUCUUCUGCUCAGCCACGGCUUGAUUGAAGAAUAUGAUACACCAGCAAGAUUGUUGGAGAACAAGUUGUCCUCGUUUUCUCAACUUGUAGCGGAGUACAGCGAGAGCUCGAAAGAACAGUAUUGACCCAAUCAAAGCUGCUUAAAAGUCCAUCAACUGACAUCAGAUAGCCAUAAGAGUUGCCUGCUGCUGCUGCUGCCUCUGAUGAUGAUGAAAAUUUCAGGAAUGUUGCAUUAAUGGAGGGAAGAGUUUUGGGGGAGUCACGUUUAGGCAUGAGUUUCUUCCUUUGCUGCCUCUUAAGAAGUUGCAGCUGUUAUCUGUAUCCUUAUGAAACACUGAAUAACAUGCUUCAAAGCUAUUUCGAGUUAUUUCCCUCUCCUUGGUCACCCUGGUGAACCUUGGAGAAACCUGACAGUUUCUGUUGGUCGAACUACACAAAACUUGGCCUAUCUUGGCGGGUAAAGCCCUAAUAUUUUUGGACCGAAACUUCCUGGACGUAAGGAUCAGUCUGGACUAAAUGACUAACUCCCGGGACUUCUUUGAUCUUUGCGGAAACCAGAAUUCAAG